GGCCCCGCACAGUGCACAGGCCCUGGAGGGCAGGCACCAGCCCCACAGCACAGAUCAGCCACGGGAGGGGUGGGUUAUUCAAGGCCUGAUGUCCCUGCCUAUGAGUGCAGACGUCAGUGUCUGGUGCCCCCCAGCCCCCAAGACCUGCUCUAGGUCCAGGGAAAGGCCAGUGCACCAAGACACCCCUCCCCAGCCCCCCAUCGCCUCCCCCAGCCCCUGGCUGGAGAGAGGAUCCUCAAGGCAGCUAGCCAGGGCCAUGGUGAGAGCGCCCGGCAGGGGAAGCGUUAACGCUUGCACAACCCCCAUCCAAUCCGCGCACUCGCCCUCAAACAAAUCCAUUAUUUGCUCUUGCGGAGCCCAGGCAGGGGGCUCCGGGAGACACUUCUUCCCCAGCUGGGCGAGGCACCUCAUGCUGGCACUAGGGAGCCUUGCGGCCUGGGCCUUGGCUUUAGCCCUCCUCUGCCUCCUAGCCACAGAGCGCUGGGGGCCAGGCUGGGGCAGCUUGCUCCCCAGCCGCGAGCCGGGGGGUGCAGGCGAGGAAGACGACGGGGACGAUGUCAUUGGGGAAGAGGGGCCCGGGGCAGAGCGCUACAGACUCAUCUGCAAAUCCUCCGCCCUGGCCCAGAGCCUGCUGAGGAGCCUGCGACGGGGUGCUGCCCGGCAGAGCGGGCGCUGGCUGUGGAGGACCUGGCCUCAGCUCCAGACCAUGUUCCAGCUCCUCUUCCCCCCUGCCCGCCAGCCCGAGCUGGCCCGGGAGCUCCUGCAGCUGGCUGAUGGGGGCCUGGUUGCCCUGGACUGGGUCAUGGGGCCCCGUGGCACCGGCAAGAGGAGUAGAGCAACCACUGCCUUUGGCACUGCCCUGGUGCUGCUUGUCCUCCCCAAUGCCUCCGGGAAGGUCACCAGAGGCGUCCUGCACCUCUGCCUGCUGGCCCUGGAGCAGGGCUACAAGCCAGUCAUCUUCAACCGCAGGGGUCACAACGGCAGCCCGCUUGCCAGCCUGAAGCUGCAGGCCUUCGGGGACCCAGCCGACCUCAAGGAGGCGGUGACGUACAUCCGCAUGCGGCAGCCAGGUUCCUCGCUCUGUGCCGUGAGCGAGGGCUCCGGCUCGGGCCUGCUCCUCUCCUACCUGGGGGAGUGCGGCUCCUCCAGCUACCUGGCUGCAGCAUCUUGCAUCUCGCCCGUGUUCAGGUGCCAGGAGUGGCUGGAGACCGGGUGCCCCUGGCUGUAUGAGUGGAGUCUACUCCUGCAUCAGAAACGAGGCCUCAGCAGGUAUGCCACUGCACUGGCAGAGGUUGUGGAGACAGGCAGGCUGUUCAGGAGUUGUUCGCUCCGGGAAUUCGAGGAAACCCUCUUCUGCCAGACCAAGAGGCACCCUGUCACUUGGGACGCUUACUGGGAUCGCAACGACCCCCUCCGGGAGGUGGAUGAAGCAGCCGUCCCGGUCCUGUGCAUCUGCAGCGCCGACGACCCCGUCCGGGGACCUCCGGCCAGCACCCUCCCCAUGGAGCUCUUCCACAGCAGCCCCUACUUCUUCCUGCUGCUGACACCACACGGCGGGCACUGUGGCUUCCUGAGGGAGGGGUCCUGCUCCUGGAGCCACGAGGUGACGCUGGAGUACUUCACGGCCGUCGCGGAGUUUUUUCGCACGGAGGAGAGGCUGAAGGGGCUGCACCGGUACAGGAGGGGUAUCCUGCAGAAGAGAGAGGCCUCCUCCGCCGCCUGCCACCUCCAGGAGAUCUUCAGCUGGCAGAGGUCCUACACCAGGUAGCGCCAGGCAGGUGCUGCGUCUAGCACCUCUCCAUAGCGUCCCUGGGAGAGGCUGUCCAAGGGCCAUGCAGCACUGUGCAGUCACCCCCCAAAGUUGCACAGCCUUCCCCUUGCGCACUGCGCACACAGGCCCUGUCAUCCCCUCCCCACAGAAGCAGACUGUUGAAGGCCCACAUGGCUGACAUGACUGGUGUGUUCCCACCACACUGGAAAUGGCCCAGGCUGCGCACUGUCAGGGCUGGGCACGGCUCAUUGAGCUUCCCCCUGUGCCUAUGAAACUCCACUAGCUCAUGCACUUCCCAGCGGCCAGCCCGAGCGCCCCCUGGUCAAAGCAAUCUCCAUCGUGCCCCUGCCACGGGAGGGCGCUGUGCUGCUGAAAGAACAGCGUUCAGGGGAGAUGUGAAGCCCAUGCCCUGAUCCUCGGGUGCUCUCCACAGGAGGCGGCAUUAGCUCCAGAGUCCUGGCUAAAUCCCACCUUUCAAAACCUGCAGCAGACGCUCCAUGUACUAAAAUUACUUUAUUACAGUUGAUUUUUUAACAUUUCCUUUGCUCUGUUACAAAGGAUACUUACAAACAAAAUAUUACAUACGACCUUAUUUUCUCUUCUCUUAUUUUCUGACAACUUGGUAACAGCUUUAAAUGCACAAUCUAUACAAUUAAUACAGGUUAUAUAUGAGCACUAAAGUAUGUUGAACCAGAAGGAUACCAGAAUACGGACAAUAUACUGUACAAUAAGCCUUAUCAGUUAGUGCUUGUGGCAUUUUCUACCAAAAGGAAAAUGCACACCUGUAGACUCACCCAUCCCAGCUGGUGCUAACAGAAAGGAAGGAGUCCAGUUUUCCUGUUUUAACCCUUGGUGAUCCAUCCCUGUAGAAAUCGGGCUUGGAAGACUCAGGCCUCUGUUCAGUAUAAUGGCGUGGGCAGCACCCCCCGUGAAAGUGAUGGCCGGCUCCUGGCCUUGCUUUGUCAAAGCCAUGUUUACACCCACACCCCCAAUGCCCCAGAAUGAACAAGCCCUCUACAGGCCAAGGACAGAGGCUGGGGCCUUGGGGAAGAGUUGUUGGUCAUGAGCUGAAGGUUGUUAGGGAAGCGGGGAGGGAGGGGGAGGAGAAGUAAACACAUUACUUGGUGUCUGUGAACAUCCCUCUUCCCACUCACGUUAGCAGGCACACAGCAAGGGGUGUAACAGCGACCCCACAGGCAGAAGCCGAGAGGGACACGGGUAUUUUAACUCCCACUACCAUUGUGGGAACCUGGCUACAUGCUGCAGCCUUCAUGCCAGCUGAGCGCCCACCGCAGGUCAUGGCAGCUGUGCCUGUGUCCGGGCUGUGGCGAGAACACGUGGGACUUGGGGUAGCUCUGCAGCUAUCUAGUUAAAGCCAAGCUUUGCCUUCAUUUUGCAACCAACGCCAGAUUUGUGCUGCUACAGGUGUGCGCUUGCCCUCCUCCCCAUGAGCUACCUAGAACUGAUAAGGUGACAUUUUUAUUUUCUUUUAAAGCAACUGACAGUGAAGCAUUUUUAGCUGACUGGCAAAAGACCAGGCAUUCACCCGGAAGCUGCAAAUGGAAAAUACACCCCCCACCCCGGUUCCCCCAAAAAGUGUGGAGGAAGAAAAUCCAAGAAAGUAAAAAAGACAGGUUCAAGUUAAAAUUUCUUUUGGUUUACACAAUACUUGUGCAAACAAACAACCAAACAGAAGCAUGCUGGAAAUCAUGAAAACAAAAGGGAAAGUGAUAUACAAAAUGAAACAUAGAAAUAAGAUAUCUGGCUGACUGGUAGAAGAAUAAAUCAUUCUGGGUUACAAACAGAUUAUACAUUCCAGACGCUCCGAACUCAGUGGGGUAACUUCUGUUCAAUUUGUUAAUAGUUAUGUUAGAAUUCUCAAGUUUGUCUUUAAAGUCUUCAUAAUACAAGCAAUAAGCUAUUUUUAAAAAUAUACACUAUACACACCUCACACAGCCUUCUCCUACCCCUCUUAAUGCAUGGUAUGCUACCUCUCUUGUAUACUAAACCAAGGGGGUUCUGACAGCUAAUGUCCUCCUGGUAAUCCGGCAUUUUCAUCAUCACUGUUUGCCUUAAGUUUUAAAUGGGUUAAUGAUUUCCGUGGAAGAACAUAAAUAGGAAUUUUAGCAACCCAAGUGUUAAUAAAAACGUCUUCAGCAUUUACAAUUUUCAAGUCGGUAUAAUUCUGUAUCUGAUUUUUAGUGUUACUGUAUCUACAUCAGACCCACCCCCCAUUUGAGUUGGUUUGGUCAGAUAAAGUGUCCCUCUUCCAAGCAAGAUCAGGUGAGAGCUGAGAGGUGUUAGGAGAAGAAGGAAGGUUGAAGAAAGAAAGCAGUGGUUUUGAUUGCCAGGAACCACACCCGCCACCCACGCCUCUCCAUCUCUGCAUUUCCUUCCCUCUUUGAUCCUGUCAGUGUCUUGAAGAGUUCACAUCCCAACAGCCUCCAGGGAAACUUAAAUAUCUUCCAAUGACUGGUCUCCCUAGUGGUAAUUUUUCUUUUCUUGUAGACCUCUAGCUCUCAGAGCUAUUCCAGGGUUGCAGCUUUGCCUACGCCAUGAGAUACUCAGUGAAGGUGGGACAGGUGAGACAGAUUAUUUCAUUCAUAUGCAAUCCAAGGGAAAAGACUCUCUAAUUUAGUAAUGGGUGUUGAAAACAAAAACUACAAUGCAAGCCAGCUGUAGCCUACAGCUCAACCACCUAAGCAUCUGCCUGCAGGGGAGUGGGAGUACGCCCACCAGUCUGCACGGAGAGCCUGCUCGAUGGCAGAAAACGGCCCCCCACCUCUGCAUGUUCCAUUCCUUGACCACAUGCGAUUUCUAGAACACACCAUGCCUCGGCAAUGCAUUUAGUCAAGUGAAACUUAAGCAAAUGACCAUUUCCAAGCAAGAAUUUGCCUCCAAUGCUUUCAGGUGGCCCUAGUCUAACACUGAUGCCAAGCCAUGCAAACGCAGCGAUUACAUACUUCAGUUCAUUAACAACUGUGUGCUCAUUUCCAAACUCUGCUGAGCUCAGAGUUGCCAUAGAAAUGUGUUAUACAGGCACUAAAAGCAGGCAACGAGCUUCAUAAAAUUAAUUUCUUCUCCAAUGGUUUACAUGCUCUUUAGAUUAUCCUGGCAUCAAAAUCCUGUGUGUGUGUGUGUGCAUCAAAAUCCUGUGUGUGUGUGUGUGUGUGUGUGUGGGGAAAUAUGUAUUUUCUGUACAAUUCUUUAAAUACAAUAAAAGGGUGCUGUUAAAAGGGACAGAGAGAAAUUGGGCUUUGUUUAUGUGAGUUUCAACCCCAGAAAAAGCUCCAAGUCAACACUUCUAUCCUUCGCACUGUCCACAUCACCGCACUUUGCAUUUAGACUGA